UUUUAUUUUGUCAUCAGUAACCGGAAGUGCAGUGGAUCAUUCCGUGUCCCUGACAGUUGGUGUCUUCCGCAGUGACCGAAGUUUUCCUCGUCCUCCCGUCGCCUCCAGCCGGUUUGAACGGGACCUGGUGACGGAGACGCGGGGUUGAGGAGCGGCUAACCCGGUGUAGAGGUGAGCGGGACGCGCUGGAGCCCUGAGCCGCCUCUGGCUCCCGCUGCUCGGCGGCUUUAUCUCACUUUGUCGUUAGAAUCGUGCGGACGCAGAGUAAAAUGGAGGCUGAGAGCUAACGGACGAACUGUGGACCGUCAAAGUCUGUUUCCUGCUUCCGGUGAACGGUCGAGCGGCUCCAACUCCACCCUCCAGCCGCUCAGGAUGUCCGCUGACCCCGCUAACUUCAGCCUCCUCCACCGGACCUGUAAGCUGGUGGUGCUGCUGUGUCUCCUCCACAUCUCCGUCACCGUCGUCUUCUACGUCCGCUCUCUGGACAUCCGGUCCGCCUUCGUCCAGAACCAGCAGUCCCACAGUAAUGUCACUGAGCGGAACCAGUUACCAUCCACCGGGGUCAACUCCAGAACCGGUCCGGCCGAGACCGUGACCCCGAAAGACGAACCCGGGAAGGGCCAGCCGCAGCGGGGGGAGCAGGAGCCGUCGGUCCUGGAGCUCCAGCCGGAGAAGAAGCUUGAGAAAUGCCCCGAGACGUCACCUCUGCUGGUGGGUCCCCUGAGGGUGGAGUUUACCACCUCCAUCAGUCUGGAGCAGAUAACGAAGAGCAACCCUAACCUGCGGCCGGGCGGACGCUUCAAACCCAAAGACUGCGAGGCGCUGCAGAAAGUCGCCAUCAUCAUCCCGUUCCGCAAACGAGAUGAACACCUGAAGUACUGGCUCUACUACCUGCACCCCAUCCUGCAGAGACAGCAGCUCGACUACGGAGUAUACGUCAUCAACCAGGACGGAGUCGAGAUCUUUAACCGGGCCAAGCUGCUCAACGUGGGCUACAACGAGGCUCUGAAGGAGUACGACUACGACUGUUUUGUCUUCAGUGACGUUGACCUGAUCCCCAUGGACGACCGCAACACCUACAAGUGUUUCAGCCAGCCGCGACACCUGUCUGUGUCCAUGGACAAGUUUGGCUUCAGGCUGCCAUAUAACCAGUACUUUGGAGGAGUCUCAUCUAUGAGUAAAGAACAGUAUCUGAAGAUCAACGGCUUCCCUAACAACUACUGGGGCUGGGGAGGAGAAGACGAUGACAUCUACAACAGGUUGGCGUCUAAAGGCAUGUCCAUCUCCAGGCCGAACGGCGAGGUGGGAAAAUGUCGGAUGAUUCGACACGACAGAGACAAACAGAACGAGCCGAACCCUCAGAGGUUCAACAGAAUUGCUCACACCAGAGAUACGAUGCACAAAGACGGGAUCAACUCUCUCUCCUACAAAGUGGUGAAACUAGACAAGUUUGACCUGUUCACUAAAAUCACGGUGGACGUGGGGAAACCGUGAGGCGGAGCAGGAGAGGUCAUGUGACCAGCGACGAUGCAGUGAAAACCAUAUGCUGACUUGAAUCUGUGGCGUCUGCUCUGAUGAUCAGAUGAGCUGGUCUCACUUUUUCUUUUAUUCUUUUUAUUUUAUGAAUUCUCUCAUGACUCGUCUCUGAUUGGCCGCUGACUUUAACCAACAGCUGCCUCCCUCUGUCAGUCCAACGCUGCUGCAACACAUCCCGAACAAGCCUUUUAUUUUGAAAAUCAGACAAUCAGAGCAGCAAGGAGGGGGCUGCUGGGUCACAUGGUCCAGACAUUUACUGGUGGGGGAUUAUGGGUAAUGAGCAGGUGGGUUUAGAUCUGGUCUGAUCCUGGUUCUUUUGAUCUGGAUCAAUCCCCCACAUGUUGGUGUGAAGUAAUCUGAACUCAUGGUUCAGAUUACAGAUGACAAUGGGCCUCAUUUACUAACAUCUGCGCAGAAAUGUUCUUACACAAAAUAAGUGGGUACGCAAAAUCCCCGCCUGAUUCAUUACUCGUGCGCACCAGCCGAUUCUGUUCUCCCCACCAUGCGUAUGUCUGUGAAUCAGGAUCAUUCUGAAUCGACAGGCGCGUGUCCACUCUCUGCAAUUAGCAUACUGACACUCCUCUAUUUGUCCUUAUGAGGACAUGCGUUUGUCAUGAAGAGAGCGGUGUGCUGAACAGUUGAAGUUAUAAGAGAUGCCUCCAAAAGGUAAAAAACAGAAAGAAUCUCACAACAGCGCAAAGGCGAACGGAGGUGGAAGACACAAAAGAGACACUUUUCUGUAGCGUGUCCUCAGGAGUGACGAUGUUUAGCUGAACUAAACAUGGACUCUGCUGAAUAAUUAUAACACCGCUGCUUCAGGAUCAGGACAGACGCUCAUUAAAGGUCUGUGUCUGAGUCUCUGUUGGAGUGUGACUCCUCCUCACGUACAGGACUGACCUUUACUUUGUGUUUGUUUGAUUCUCUAGAGUUUAUGAGACACAUGUUAAACCUGCUACACAACACGAGACGUAACACACAGUCAGGACAUCAGAGUUAAAGUGAGAGGAACGAGUCAUGACCCGACAUCAUCGAUUAAUUACUGAAUACAUGUGAUUAUCAGUUCGUCUGAAGAGGGACAGAGACGAACACACACACACUCUCCUGCAGAUUAUGACACAACACAGUGUUUUAACACUUAUUGUUGCAGA